AUGUAACUGCGGUAAACGAACGUAAGGAAAAGUAAGUUAUAAGAUCUAAGUGAAGGAGAAUACGGGGAGGAGCGUGAGGUUAUUGACGUGGCUCGACCAAUGAGCGACACCGCUACAGGUAAUCCGCCUGACACUAACACACAAUAACAGGUGUCAAUUGAGCUGCGAUCGGUUAUAGAAAUAAAUGUGAUUUGAGAAGGGCUAUCGACGAGAGCUUCAUAACCGUUGUGAAAUAGAUAUGACAGUGUGACAGUGGGCCAGUUACUGAGUCGACAGGGCUGGAGUUGUUAAUACGAUAGUUUUGAAGUGAUCGGGGAAUCGACAGAAGAAACAACGGAUCAUCACCUGCCUAAGGAAUACUACUUUACAACAAAAUAAAUAUUCGUUCUGAUAUAUUGUGGCUUCGCUACAUUCACCGUGUUUAAUGCAUAUGAAAAUAAAAUUGGAAUGCUAAUUGCCAAAUAGUUUUCGUUUGAAGAAUUUAUAUUCUUUCAGUGGUAUUUAAAUUUUGAAAACGUUUCUUAACUUGAAUUAAGGCUUGCAUUGUAUGAGUAUAAACCUCGUCAGAUGGAGUACAAUUACUGAAACGUGUAUAAUGAUAUCAUGGAGCAUAUGAUAUAAAGCUGACCAAUACACAUCCGCCUGUAAUAAGUGUCAUUAACCAAGUGCUCGUGGAAAUCAAAAUCAGUGAUACGAUCAGUUUCGGCUCGUGUUUUCUGCUAGUGCUGUCAUGGUGGUUUGAGAGGCAGCAGGUGGGCCCACCAAUGGCACGGCGAUAUGGGAGCUAGCGGGGCGACGCGAUUCCUCACGGGGCUCGCCUUCCUCCUGUUCUGCGUUUACGGCAACUUCCUAGCGCGGUCGUCGGUGGUUGCGCUGGGUGCGAACAUCAUCUGUAACAAGAUCCCCGGCCUCGCUCCCCGCCAGCGCGCCAUCUGUAGGAGCCGGCCCGUGGCGAUGGCGGUGAUCGGCGAGGGUGCCCAGGCUGGCAUCGCGGAGUGCCGCCAUCAGUUUCGAAACAUGCGCUGGAACUGCUCGUCGGCCACACAGCACAACUCGCUAUUCGGCUUCCAACACCAGAUACCCAGCAAGGAGGCGGCGUUCUGGUCCGCGAUAAGUUCGGCCGGUGUGGCGUACUCCAUCACGCAUGCGUGCAGCAUUGGAUCGCUUGACGAGUGUGGCUGCGAUAAGAGCCGGAUGGAGCACAAGGGAUGGCGUUGGGGAGGAUGCAGCGCGGACAUCCGGUACGGGCUAAAGCUGGCUCGGAAGUUUCUUGACGCUCGAGAGAUAGAGGAGACAGCCCGGUCACUGAUGAACAGACAUAACAAUAAGGCGGGCAGGAAGGCUGUGAAGGACAAUAUGGGCACAGAAUGCCGCUGCCAUGGUACCUCCGGAUCAUGCACGCUGAAAACCUGCUGGCGGAAGUUGCCACCCUUUCGGAAGAUAGGUGACUACUUGUUAGACCAAUAUAAGGACUCUAAACCUGUAGAACCAUGGCUAGGCGGCCGCUUACGGCGCCCUAAGAAACUCCUUCUUAAAAAAUCCAAACAGCAGAACAGAAAACCUCGGAGAAGAGACUUGGUUUAUUUAGAAAAGUCUCCAAACUAUUGUGAGUACAAUAUACAGACAGGGUCCCUCGGCACAGUGGGGCGGAGCUGUAACAAGACAUCUAGCGGGAAUGACGGGUGUGACCUGAUGUGUUGUGGGCGGGGCUAUAACACCCACCAGUACACGCGCUCCUGGCAAUGUAACUGCGUCUUCCACUGGUGCUGUAACGUGAACUGUAAAAACUGUACGGAAAAAACGGCUCGAAUACACGUGCAAAUAGGCGCAACGGAGCCUCCCGGCUGGAAAACGGGGGUAGUUAUAACGAUAGCUUGUCUGGAACAACUGAAAAUGAAGCAAAGUCUGUGUAUGUUAUUUCAUUGACUUGUUGUGAUGCGAUUUUAUAACGAUGACAAAGAGCUAUCAACUGUAUGUCAUUCGAUGUGCUAUCCAUGCAACGAAUGUGUGCAAGUAGAAUUUACUCGUAUAUGGCUACAGUGAAUAGGUCUGCGAAGGCAAGGCGGAAACCCUUGUCCGGUGCCUGUUUAAAGGGGGAGUUUUCGGUACUUUUCAUAAAGCUGCUCUCUCCUUUAUAGUGCAUAUCAAAUCCAUAGUGAUGUUUGUCACGAAUGUCUGUGUGUGUAUUUAAUGCCCGACCAGUGUCUUUCAUUCAUUUCGAGUUUCGAAAUCAACCUGCAGAACGCAUAUGGACGUCAUUGUAGGUACCGCUGGACGUUAUAUCGUCCGUGUGCGAGUAUACAUUGUUUAUAUAGUUGUCCUAUUUAUAUUUCGUAGGAAUGAUUUAUAAAGUUUAUCAUUGUAUUUUAAUUGGUGUCGAAAACAUGUAGAAUUUGUUGUUGUCUAAUAACAAGUCUCCGACUAGAUUUCGAAACAUUAAAGGGAUAGUCUGUCAAUUUGUUGGUGCAUUAACAAAUACAAUUAUUUAUUUUGAUGAAACGCGAUACCACAUCAAGGCGCUUUUUAUUUCUAUUGCUUUAGCUGUAUUUAAAUUAACGAAUAAAAGUGCCAGUCUCGUACCGACUAUGAGGUUCGAUUAUUAAAAAUCAGAAUUACAGGGCUUUCAAAUUUCGAUCAAACUCAGAGAAUAUCAUAAUGAGAAAUAAAAAUAAGUCAGAACAAAAAUAUUAAGAAUUAAUGCAAUGCCUUUGGGGGUCGCGCAGUUGAGUCCCUAGGUCCGUGUGGAUUAGGGUGAGACGUCAGAACACUGCUGUGAGAAAAACAAGACAUUUUCUUUAUACCAUACUGACAGUGAGGCCCGUAAUUAAACUACUUAUCAUUAUGCAUGAAAAUUAUCAAUUUGUCGUAGAAAUAUAAGCCCAUAUAUCACCUCGGUUCGUGGCGAGCUGUACUCAAAGUGUACGCCAGCUGUAACAUGACCUAUCUGCACGUCUGAUAAACUGUUCCCCUUUCUGCAAUUUGUGUUCAUAGUUGGCUGUUAUUUUUAAUCUGUUUUGCAUUAGAUAUCCCAUGCCUGGAAGCGUUUGUGCAUGCAUUCAAUUUUCAUAAAUGCCAAAACUAAAUGCUUUUGUUUUAUACGUUGUUUUUUCCUAUCAGUUGUGGUGUAUUUUUGAAUGAUUAAAACAGUAAAUGUUCAAUAAUUACAACGUGGCAGUAAUCCACGAAAAUAAAAAUUUAAUUAAUAGAAACUAUAAAAUUGUCUCGGAUCUCAGAAUAAUCGUUUUUCUUUGCUCCGUGCCAGGAAACUUUGUCUAAUGCCCUUACUUACAAAUCUUUCUGAAUUUCAUAAACCUGUUUUAAUUCCGUAUUAUUCAUAUCUGCCGUCAAUAAAUGUGGCAUUAGACAAUUUUUCUGCAAUUGUGAUAAAAUUGUAAAUACAUUGUAAUAAUAAAAUCCAUUUACAUUUUA